UGUGUGUGAAACUCACGCCCCUCAAAGCACCAGCCCACGAUAACGAUUGGUUUGGGGGAAAGAAAAGGGGGAAACGUUUGAAUAAAACCCCUCUGGUGCCUGCCUGGUAGUAUGAAUGUAACUUCGACCAGGACAGCAGCAGCAAGUGAUGCCGUCUGUCUUAUCAGCGCUGAGGAAAACCGUUGAAAACCGCUGGAUAUCUCAAUAAAUUGAAGGGGGACGCAAACACUUUUUGGUGAAUCACUAAAAUGAGCUUGAUUUGUAUUUUUAUCCGCAUUUUUACAUGAUACGAGUGACUUCAAAGUUGUUUUCUUUUUAAUAUAGCCUAUAUUUUUAUUUGAAUUCCAUCGUUUUUUUUACCUUAAUGGAUGGGAUUGAAGGCGAAUGGCGCACCACACUGAAAUGAUUGAAAUGUUUUACGCGUUCUAGCUUGGAUGCAUUUUGGAGUAGUCUGACAGCUCGCACUAAGCUCUGGAACCUUGGGAACACCUGGUUAUUCUGUCCAUAACACACUGAUGCCAAGUGGAACUUUUUCUCUCUCUGUUUACAUUUUAUUCUCUUUGGCAAUUCAUCCAUUGCAACUCUUUCAUUUAGCUCACCAGACCAGACGCACUCUUGUUUAGUUUUUACCCCAAGGAACUAUUACAUAGUUUUUCCCCCUCCCUUUUAAGGUUUUUGAAAUGACGAGCCAAAGUACUGAGAGAAGUAGGCCUAUAGGGACUCUGGCGUUGCUGCGUUCCGCGUUGCUGUUGGGUCUUCUUCACAUUGGUGCACCAGAGGCGAGGAGGCUACGGGGCAGCCGCGCGCAACACCGGAGAGCCUCGGCCAUGCCGUCCCCACCGUUAACAUACAGGGACCGGGUAGUAGAGGGGACCGGAGCCGGCGAGAGCUUCCCGUUAGACUUCACCGCCGUCGAGGGGAACAUGGACAACUUCAUGACCCAAAUUAAAAACCUGGCGCAGUCGCUGUACCCGUGCUCCGCGCAGAAGCUGGACCAGGACAUGAGGCUGCACUUCUUGGACAAUUCCUCUGCGACGUGUAACGAUGGAUCCCCAGCUGGGUACUACAUCAAGGAAUCUAAAGGCAGCAAGAGAUGGCUGAUAUUCUUGGAGGGUGGAUGGUACUGUUUCAACAGACAGACUUGUGACACCAGGUACCAGACAAUGAGGAGAUUCAUGAGCUCCCUCAAGUGGCCACGCACCAGAACAGGUACAGGUAUUCUGUCUCCUCAGCCAGAGGAGAACCCCUAUUGGUGGAAUGCCAACAUGGUGUUCAUCCCAUACUGCUCUAGUGAUGCCUGGAGUGGAGCCUCAGCAAAGACUGACCAAAGUGACUAUGCGUUCAUGGGCUCAGUGAUCAUUAUGGAGGUAGUUAAUGAGCUGCUUACUAAAGGACUGGACAGCGCUAAGAUCCUGCUACUGGCUGGGAGCAGUGCGGGGGGUACAGGUGUACUACUGAACGUGGACCGUGUGGCGGAGCACCUGGAGUCCCGGGGACACGGGGAGAUUCAGGUCCGGGGUCUGGCUGACUCUGGCUGGUUCCUGGAUAACAAGCAGUACAGAUCUACAGACUGUCACAGCACCAUCAGCUGUGACCCUACUGAGGCUAUCAGGAGAGGAAUCAGGUACUGGGGUAGUGUGGUGCCAGAGAGCUGCAGACAGACUCACAUAGGAGAGGAGUGGAACUGCUUCUUCGGAUAUAAAGUCUACCCCACGCUCAAGAGUCCAGUGUUUGUGGUCCAGUGGUUAUUUGAUGAGGCCCAGUUAACAGUAGAUAACAUCCACCUGACUGGUCAUCCGGUCCACGAGGGACAAUGGAGAUACAUACAGAAUUUGGGCAACGAGCUGAGGAACACACUCAAAGACGUCCCGGCCCUGUUUGCUCCAGCCUGCCUAUCCCAUGAGGUCAUCACCAGGAAUUACUGGAUGGACAUCCAAGUCAAAGGAACCUCCCUCCCCAGAGCCCUACACUGCUGGGACCGUGGUCUCCACGACAACAACCUCCACCAAAGAUCCUCCAACAACAACACCCAUAGCAACAAUCCUAACCCCACCCCCAACAAGGCUCUGCCCCCAGCUUCGCCUCCAAGGGGCUGUCCUCUGCGUCUGAUUGACAGCUGCCCCUGGCCUCACUGUAAUCCCACCUGUCCCACUAUAAGGGAUCAGACCACCGGACAGGAAAUGAGCGUGAUCCAGUUCCUGAAACACAUGGGGUUUGAUGUUGCCAAGAUGGCCCAGCAACAGGGCAUGGACGCAGGGAAACUGCUGGGGAUGCUGAAUAACGGGAACUGAGCAGGGAGAGACUCACACAGGUAGCUGCAAGGAAACGCACAUACACACACACUCUGACACAGCAGGGCAUGGACCAAAGAACGCUUUGGUGGAGAUGAACGGAACUCAAUGCAACAACAGAAUAGAAACAGAACUGAACUCUAAGCAACAGGACUGAACGAAACUGAGCAAACCCCAAAAGCAACAGAACUGAGCAGAAAAAGUUGCUGUGCUAAACUGAACUGGACUCAAUGGAUCUGAAUUCAGAACUUUGACUUGGUGCAACUCAAAACACCUCAACUCUGAACGCAGCUUGAAUACUGUCUGCAACGGGACAAAACUCGACUUAACUCAACUGGAUAAUAACUCAUUUUUAGUUAUUAGAACACAACAACGGAACUGCUAAGUUUGAGUUCAAACAACUGAACAAUGCUUUACUCAACAAUGCUGAACUCAACUCAACCAAACCUGAACAGAACUAAACUAUACUGAAAUAAUUAUUCGGGUGUGAAAAGACAUACAUAAAUGGAACGUCAUCUGUUUUAAGGAUACUAUCCCAAAUGGCAUUAGAUUCCCCCAUAGGGCUCUGGUCAAAACUAGUGCACUAUAUUGUGAAUAGAGUGCCAUUUGGAACACAAUCUGUUCGUUUUAAAGUAAAUAAGACAACGGACUUGUGGAUUUUGAAAAUAUAUAUAUGCAUAGAUGUAGAAGUUGUGUAUGUAUAUGAAGUGGAAUCCUCAGACUGUAAUGACUUGAUAGACUUCAAUUAUAAUUUUGAUCAAUGCUACAGAAGAUACAGAAUCAAGCUUCUGAUAUGGAAGGCACUGGAUUAUAGCGAGCCCCUCAUAGGCUACGUUUACACGGGCAGCCUAAUUCUGAUCUAUUUCCACUAAUUGGUCUUCUAACCAAUCAGAUCAGGGUCUUUUACCAAUAAUUGGGCAAAAUACCAGAAUUGGGCUGCCUGUGUAAACACAGCCAUAGUAACAGGGUUCACUAGAACUGAUUGAUUAGAAUUGUCUCUAACGACCACAUAGCCUACUGCCACAUCUGAACUCACCAGCAGAGAUGGAUGGAGACUGCCACACCUAAACAUAGGCUACUAACAGAGUGAGAGAUGGAUGGAGACUGCCACACCUAAACAUAGGCUACUAACAGAGUGAGAGAUGGAUGGAGACUGCCACACCUAAACAUAGGCUACUAACAGAGUGAGAGAUGGAUGGAGACUGCCACACCUAAACAUAGGCUACUAACAGAGUGAGAGAUGGAUGGAGACUGCCACACCUAAACAUAGGCUACUAACAGAGUGAGAGAUGGAUGGCUGAUACAGUAUGUGGGGAAUGUCUGGAUGGAUGGCUGAUACAGUAUGUGGGGAAUGUCUGGAUGGAUGGCUGAUACAGUAUGUGGGGAAUGUCUGGAUGGAUGUCUGAUACAGUAUGUGGGGAAUGUCUGGAUGGAUGGCUGAUACAGUAUGUGGGGAAUGUCUGGAAGGAUGUCUGAUACAGUAUGUGGGCAAUGGGAGAGAUGUCUGGAUGGAUGGCUGAUACAGUAUGUGGGGAAUGUCUGGAUGGAUGGCUGAUACAGUAUGUGGGGAAUGGGAGAGCUGUCUGGAUGGAUGUCUGAUACAGUAUGUGGGGAAUGGGAGAGCUGUCUGGAUGGAUGUCUGAUACAGUAUGUGGGGAAUGGGAGAGCUGUCUGGAUGGAUGUCUGAUACAGUAUGUGGGGAAUGGGAGAGCUGUCUGGAUGGAUGUCUGAUACAGUAUGUGGGGAAUGUCUGGAUGGAUGGCUGAUACAGUAUGUGGGGAAUGGGAGAGCUGUCUGGAUGGAUGGCUGAUACAGUAUGUGGGGAAUGGGAGAGCUGUCUGGAUGGAUGGUUGAUACAGUAUGUGGGGAAUGUCUGGAUGGAUGGCUGAUACAGUAUGUGGGGAAUGGGAGAGCUGUCUGGAUGGAUGGUUGAUACAGUAUGUGGGGAAUGUCUGGAUGGAUGGCUGAUACAGUAUGUGGGGAAUGGGAGAGCUGUCUGGAUGGAUGUCUGAUACAGUAUGUGGGGAAUGGGAGAGCUGUCUGGAUGGAUGGCUGAUACAGUAUGUGGGGAAUGGGAGAGCUGUCUGGAUGGAUGGCUGAUACAGUAUGUGGGGAAUGGGAGAG